AGUGAAGAGGAAAAACAGUUCAGGAAUAUUUUCCGACAGAUUGCGGGGGAUGACAUGGAGAUCAAUGCUGAAGAACUCAGGAAUGUUCUCAAUAACGUCGUAAAAAAACAUAAGGACCUAAAGACAGAAGGAUUUGAACUGGAAUCCUGCCGCAGCAUGAUUGCUUUAAUGGAUACAGACGGCUCAGGGAAGAUAAACUUUGAUGAAUUUCGACAUCUCUGGGACAAGAUUAAAAGCUGGCAGAAAAUUUUCAAGCGUUAUGACACGGAUCAUUCGGGAACCAUUAACAGCUACGAGAUGCGCAAUGCAGUUAAUGAUGCAGGGUUUCGGCUGAACAACCAGCUCUACGACAUCAUCACCAUGCGCUACGCCGACAAGAACAUGAACAUCGACUUUGACAGCUUCAUCUGCUGCUUCGUGCGCCUGGACGCCAUGUUCAGGGCAUUCCACGCCUUUGAUAAAGAUGGAGACGGCAUCAUCAAGCUCAAUGUCCUGGAGUGGCUGCAGCUCACAAUGUACGCCUAACACUGGAGCCAGUGCCCACCUUCAUCAAGAAAACACUCAAGACUUCUGUUUUGAGUAACUAGCUCCAUUCAUCCCCAAGUGCAAACAAGAGCAGUUCCUAAUUACGUGCUUCACUCACCAAGAUAAAGAGUGCAUGGGAAGAAUCCCCUGGAAAAAGAGGCAACCAUACUCCAGUAGGCAGAUCAGUGCGCAUAUUCUGUAACUACUUUUAUAACUUCCUGACAUUUUCCUUUGGGCAACAAGGAUUAAUUUAUUGAUGACUGAAUUAAGCUUUAUCU